CCAGCUCCCUCCCUUCAGCCAGGUACAAAGGCUGAGGCUGAUGAAGGUGCCUGACCUGUGGAAGACCUCCUGCAUCGUCCCAAUUCCAAAGAAAGGUCGUCCCAGCGCUCUCAAUGACUACAGACCUGUGGCACUCACGUCACGUGUCAUGAAGACAUUUGAGAGGCUGGUUCUCCAGCACCUGAGGACCCUGCUCACUGCUUUCCAGGAUCCGUUGCAGUUUGCAUAUCAGAGGCACAUUGGUGUGGAGGAUGCUAUCAUCUUCCUGACCCACAAAGCCCUGUCACACCUGGAGACAAAGGGAAGCACUGUGAGAGUCAUGUUCUUUGACUUCUCCAAUGCUUUCAAUACCAUCCAGCCCUGCCUCCUGAGGGACAAACUGCUGGAUAUGCAGCUGCACCCUGACAUCUCAGCCUGGAUUUUUAACUACCUCACGGGCCGCCCACAUUAUGUUAGAGUCGACGGCUGUGUCUCUGAUGUAGUGACGGGCAACACAGGAGAGGUGGUAGCGGACUACCGGAAGAAGAAGAGGCCCCCUGUCCCAGUCAUCAUCCAGGGGGAGACAGUGGAGAGGGUGGACUCAUACAAGUACCUUGGGGUCCACAUCAACAAUAAACUGGACUGGUCUCACAGCUCUGACACCCUCUUCAGGAAGGGACAGAGCCGGAUAAUCCCAGUCCAAGUCCCCACAAUCUAA